AUGGAGACAUAUAUGCACAUAAAAUACUCUACCACCCCAAAACAGUUCCACCUCUACUUCCACGUGCACAUCGACGUCCACAUCUACCUCCACCUCCACGUCCACGUCCACAUCUACCUCCAGCUCUACGUGCACCUCGACCUCCACCUCGACGGCUACGUCCACGAGUACUUCCACCUGACCUCCACGACCACAUCUACCUGUACAUCUACGUCCACUUCCACCUCAACCUCAACCGCCAGAUCCAGCUCCACGGGUACGUCUAGGCUUUGUGACGUUCACGUCGACAUCCACGUCCACGUCCACCUCCACGAGUACUUCCACGUCCACAAGCACAUCUACCUCUACGUCGACCUCCACCUCUACUUCUACUUCUACUUCUACUUCUACUUCUACCUCUACUUCUACUUCUACUUCUACUUCUACUUCUACUUCUACUUCUACGUCCACAAGCACGUCUACCUCUACGUCGACCUCCACAUCUACCUCUACUUCCACGUCCACAUCUACCUCCACCUCCACGUCUACGUCCACGUCCACCUCCACGUCCACCUCUACCUCCACAUCCACAUCCACCUCCACCUCCACCUCCACGAGUACUUCCACGUCCACGUCCACCUCCACGAGUACUUCCACGUUCACCUCCACGUCCACCUCGACCUCCACUUCCACCUCCACCUCUACCUCUACUUCUACUUCCACCUCCACCUCUACCUCUACGUCCACCUCCACGAGUACUUCCACGUCUACUUCUACUUCCACGUCCACCUCUACCUCCACGAGUACUUCCACGUCCACGUCCACAUCCACUUCUACUUCCACCUCCACCUCUACCUCUACGUCCACCUCCACGAGUACUUCCACGUCCACCUCCACGUCCACCUCGACCUCCACCUCUACCUCCACUUCUACUUCCACCUCCACAUCUACUUCCACUUCCACCUCCACCUCUACGUCCACCUCCACGAGUACUUCCACAUCUACUUCCACUUCCACCUCCACCUCCACGUCCACCUCGACCUCCACCUCUACCUCCACUUCUACUUCCACCUCCACGUCUACGUCCACGAGUACUUCCACGUCUACCUCUACUUCUACCUCCACGUCUUCGUCUACCUCUACGUCUACCUCAACGACUCCGGGUCCGGAUUCGUGACUUUCACCUCAACGUCAACCUCGACUUCCACAUCGACCUCUACCUCCACAUCUACCUCCACCUCGACUUCCACGAGCACUAGCACGUCUUCCUCCACCUCCACCUCGACUUCGACCUCGACCACUACGUCAAGCUCUACGUCCACCUCGUCUUCAACUUCAUCGUCAUCUUCAACUAGUUCGUCUUCCACGACGACAAGUUUCACCACCACCACCACGACAACAGAGGCCCUCACAUUCGUGGAUUACUUCAACGAAGCCACAAACGAGACUGAACAGUGGCUGGUGGGACUGUCAUCUACGUUCUUCUACGUCAAGGAUUAUCGCAACCAAUAUGGUGCGGAGGAGCAAUGCCAGCUGCGUGGUGGUCAUCUUGCAACAAUCAGCUCUCAGGAGGAGCUGCAGUUGCUGAUGCGGUACAUUUUCCUGCACACGCGGGGUCGUUCUGUUUGGCUCGGGGCUGUCGUGAACCUGGAUGGCUCUGUUGAAUGGCAAGAUGGCACUGAGUACGAUGAUAGCUGGGCGCCCUGGGCGGAGAACGAGCCGCUCCUCGCAGAACUUCAAGGUGUGAGGAUGAAGGUUUGGGGCGUUGAUGAUGUCGAUUGGUUUUCACACUACCAAAAGCGUCGCCUCCACUACCUGUGUGAGCGAGACGACGCGAGCACGAGCAGUAGCACGGUAACCUCGACGACGACAGCAACCACGACGACGCCUAGUGUCGAAAUUGUCAAUGGUCUUGCUCAAGGGCCUGAUUCGCAGUACCUGUACUUGGACGUGCCUGGCAACCGCGACAGUGCCCAGGUCAUUUGUGCCACGUUCAGCGGCGCGCUUGCUGUCGUGGGGACAGGCGCAGAGCAGGAGUUUGUCACGCGCUACUUAACGAGCGACAGCCCGCCGGCAUUCGUGUGGCUGGGCGGACGCGUGGACACGAGUGGCACUCCGACUUGGGAUGAUGGCACGCCUUACGACGGGUCAUUUGUUCCAUGGGGCGUUGGCGAGCCACGCUCUGACACUACCAGUGACCGUGUCAUCACAAUGUUGGUUACCGAGGGUGGCAAUGUCAUCUGGACAACAACCGUUGACUCGGAUAGCCGUGCCAUUCUGUGUGAGAUUCCGUACUGA